AGUACUUAAUUAUAGUAGGAUUAGGAUUAAUAAUAUUGUGUAGUAUAUAUAUAUAAUUAAAGACACGAAGAAGUACUUAAUCACAUCGAUCUUGAUCUUCUUUCUUUCUUUCUUUCUCAAAUUAAUUUCAUGAUGAUUGAACAACAACGUCGUAAAAGAGGAAGACCUAGUAAUCCUCAAAAAUCCAUUAAUCAUAAUCAUCAUGAGAUCAUGAAGAAGAAGAAGACUUAUAAUUAUGAUCAUCAUAAUAAUGAUCAUGAAAUGAUGAAGAAGAGAGACAAAGAUCAUCUUCACCACAAAAAUCAUCCUAAUAAUAAUAUUCCUUCUCAUAAUUAUAAUCAUCAUCGUACUACUUCUACUUCUAGUUCAUCAUCAUCAUCAUCAUCAUCAUCAUCAUCAUCAUCACCAUCAUCAUCAUCAUUAUUUAAAAGAGAAGAAGUGCCCAUGAGUGAGCUAAUUCUUGCUGCAAAAAGGAGGAAAGCUGAAUUGCAAAACACCAUUUUCUUAGACAAAGAAAGCCUCCAAAAGGAAAGAGAAUCUAUGCGGCUUAAACUUCAAAAGAUCGAGGAAGAAGCUACACCUCCCGAACAAAACCUAAUGGCUUUGAUGGAACUCGAAAAGCUAUGCGGGUACAAAUCUUCUUUAUAUCAUAUUAGACUAAAUUAUCAUUGUUGGCGCCUUGAAUCUUCUUCGAAGGAAAUGUUCUUUAGUAAUCGAGUGAAGAAGCUCGGUUUGUUUUUUAAAGGGCGAUAGAUCAGAGAGAAUAAACAAGUAUACGAAACAUAGCCCUAAUUUUUUCACACAUUAUAAGUUUGCUUUCUUCACACUUUUUAUUAUUAUUGUACGUUCAUUCUUAUUUUCUCCUUUUAUUAGUAUUAACGAAAUUGAUUAUUCAAACAUUUUAUUGUUAGGUUUUCAUUGAUUA